CUGAGGGAACUCAGAGAUCAGCGCCAGUGCAGGUCCUUGCAUGCUGAGUGUGCCGGUCCCCUGGGCUCACUGUUCUUUCUCUAUACUUUGUCUCUGUGUCUUAUUUCUUUUCUCAGUCUCUCAUCUCCACCUGAAGAGAAAUACCCACAGGUGUGGAUGGGGCAGGCCCCCUUCAAAUUUCCUUCAGUCAGCAAGCAGAGAAGCCUUUCUUCCCACUCAGACCUCAAUCGAGGCUUCUGAAGGUAGGGGUUUUGUCUUUCUCUCCUUAAAAGAUGUCUUGAGGUAAGCAUUUGAAGCCUGGAAAAUCAUUCCCAGGGAGUCAGGCUUCUCUGUCUCUCUUCUAGGUAUUUCUUGGCCAAAUGGUUCUAAUCCCAGAGCCCACCCCCUAAACCAUUUUUUUUGAGACGGAGUCUCGCUCUGUCACCCAGGCUGGAGUGCUCUGGCGCGAUCUCUGCUCACUGCAAGCUCCGUCUCCCGGGUUCACGCCAUUCUCCUGCCUCAGCCUCCCAAGUAGCUGGGACUACAGGCGCCCGCCACCACGCCUGGCUCAUUUUUUGUACUUUUAGUAGAGACGGGAUUUCACCGUGUUAGCCAGGAUGGUCUCGAUCUCUUGACCUUGUGAUCUGCCCACCUCGGCCUCCCAAAGUGCUGGGAUCACAGGCAUGAGCCACCGCACCCAGCCUAACCUUUUCUAAUAUAAUUACUGUCUUCUAGCCAGCACAUGGAGACAGAUUUGAGCUGGACUCCUGUGUCCUUGGGAGCUGACUUUUCUUUUUUUCUUUUCUUUCUUUUUUUUUUUUUUUUUUUUUUUUUUUGGAGAUAGGGUCUCACUCUGUAGUCCAGGCUGGAGUGCAGUGACGUGAACACAGCUCACUGCAACCUCGAUCUCCCCAGGCUCAGGUGAUCCUCUCACCUCAGCCUCCUGAGGAGCUGGGACUACAGGUGCAUGCCACCAUGCCUGGCUAAUUAAAAAAAUGUUUAACUCCUGGGCUCAAGCAUUCCUCCCACCUGGGCAUCCCAAAGUGCUGGGAUUACAGGUGUGAGCCACCACACCCAGCCCAGAAGGCAACCUUCAAUAUUGAGCUUUGCUUUUCUCAAAAACCUGGUGUCACAGCACUGGCCUCCAGCACAUCCAGCCGCGGGCCCCUUUUGCUUAAUAACGGUUUCUAUGGAGACAUCUGUGAUGCCACCACUGCUCCCAGGAGCCCACAGGACCUGGAGCUCUGGAAGCUGAUCUCCUCCCACUGCACCCGCCAGCAGGUUCAUGUUCGAGGCCAUCUUUUUCUCCAUACCCCAAGCCAGGCUGAAGAGAGAUCCACGGGAAAAGCCAGGCCUGUCCUCAUUCAGGUCCACAUUCAGGCGACAAAGCUCACUUGGUCUUUGUGUCCCACGCCUCAUGUUACCUAAGGAGGCCAGCCCGUCUGAGAGACACAGUUCGAUGUCCAGCUCGAUGGCCAGGGCCCUGGUGCUCCUCCAGAGCAUGGCCAGCCGGGACGUCCGGUGCCCAGAAUGGAAACCGCACCAAAAGCCACGUGCGCUCAGCAAGUCGGUCCAGACCAUCAGCCGCUACUACAGGAAGACGAGUGAACCCAGGGAUGCUGUCAGCCUCACCGGCUUCGUGUCCGAAAUGGAGGAACUUCGAAGGGUCUUCCCCACGUGUCCUGACUGCCCCCAGUUCAGCACCAGGGCCACAUCCAUGUCCCACUGUGGUUCACCCACUGAGGCCGAUUUGUCCGGAGAGAUUGACAACAGCUCAGAGACCUGGAGAGGCACCCAGGACCUGUUCUUGGCCAGGCAGGGCUCAGACACGAACGUGGACGGGUACCUCCUUCCCUUCAGUAAGAGCAUCUGCGAGUUCGAUUACUUGCGGAAGAGGAGCAAAUCCCAGACUUUGAGUCCAGUCACCAGCAGCUCAGUCGCAUCUCAGAGCUGCCCGAGAAAGAGGACGCCCUGGUACCUCUCAGUCAUCCACGAGAAGGAUCACUGCCUGUCUGAGCUGGAGAUACAGGUUCAGAAGAAAGAUGAGGAGAUCCUGCUGCUCCAGGAGGAGAGGGAGGCCCUGAAGACGCAACUGAAAUUCCUCCUGGAAGGCAAAGGCCAAGAGACAUCCAUGUCGCCAGGCAGGAGGGAGCAGCUCUCAGAUGCUUCGCUGAAGCUGGGCAGGCUGAGCCUCCUGAAGGCCUUCUCCAGCGAUGAGGAGGAGCUGCAGCACUGGCGGCAGAUGCAGGAGGAGUCUGCGGCACUGGAGAGGGGCAAAGAGCCGGACCUGGGAGGCGGUGAGGAGGACAAGGGCCUGGAAGGGGAGCCUGAUGGGGCAGAGGACACAGGUGCCAAGGGAGGUGUGAGCCAGAUGGGGGCCAUGCAUGAGGAGGGAAGCAAGGAGGAGGAAGGGGACAGGGAUGAGGACUCAGAGGAAAGGGAGCUGCCAGAGGAAGAGGAGAUCCCCAGGAGAAGGUCCUCCUCCCUGGCCGAGUCGUUUGAGGAGGAGCUGCUGGCCCAGCUGGAGGAGUACGAGCAGGUCAUCCUGGACUUCCAAUUCAACCUGGAGGCCACCAGGACCAGAUACUCCCUUGCAACAGGAGUGAUUGCGUCUUUACAACAACAAGUGGAUUUCCAAGAAUCCCAGCUGCGAAAGAUCAAUACAGAAAAUGAGACGCUGCAGAAGGAGCUCCAAGAGCGGAGGCAGCAGCUACAAGCCAUGACCGACAAGUUCUCCAACCUCCGAGAAGAUAAGAAACACCAAGAGAUGAUGGGGCUCAUUGAAAAGGACAACCAGCUCCUCCGACAGCAAGUGUCGAAACUGGAGAGAAAGCUCACCAACCGGGACCAAGUCAUCUCAGAGUUGGACACCAAGGUCAGCCAGCUGCAGGAGCAGGUGGAACUGGACCAGAACCACCUGCAGAGGUGGAAGCAGCUGCAGGAGGAUUUGCAGAGCAAGAAGGAGAUGAUUCAGCAGGCAGAGCAGCACGCCCGCGUGGCCCUGGAGAGCUCCCAGUCCAGGGGUCUUUGUCAUCCAGUCUGGAGUGCAGUGGGGUGAUAACAGCUCACUGCAGCCUCGGCCUCCCAGGCUCAAGCCGUCGUCAUCCCACCUCAGCCUCCUGAGUAGCUGGGACCACAGGCAUGUGCCACCAUACCCAGCUAAUUUUAAAAGCUUUUUGUAGAGACGGUCCCACUAUGCUGUCCAGGCUGGUCUUGAACUCCUGGGCUCCAGCAAUCUGCCUGCCUUGGCCUCCUGAAGUGUUGGGGAUACAGGUGGGAGCCACCGUGCCUGGCCCUGACCUUGAAUCCCAAAUUAAGCAAAGGUCAAGGUCAUGUACGGAGGCUUUUGAAGUCAUGUUCCCACCAGAAAUGCCAACUGCAACUCAACUGCGUCCUCUUUCCUGCUUGAGUCCACCUCCUUCUGGCUGGGUCAGACUGAGGCACCCACCCCUGGUAUCCCUUGAUAAAACAGUUUGGGAUCCAGCCGUAGUCCUGGUGAAAGGCUUAGACCAGAGGCGGUCUAGGUGUGUCCAUUUGUGCGCCAGCCUGCACUGACCUGGUCGAGCCUGGAAAGCUGAGCUGAAAAAUAUUUUGAAGCUAAGUCCGGGUGAGCAGGAACUAGCGCCAAGCCUGAUGGUGAGGCCCCACGGGUGUGGGGAAGUGAGGCUGGACACCCCGGGUAGCUGCCAACCUCUACCCUGGGGAGGCACCCCCAGUACAGAGGCCCAGCCCCUUGUGACCUCAGGACCUCCAGCACUGGGCACGGUGAUUGUACAAAGUUGGGCGCUCAAUAAAUACUGGAAAAAGGAAAGGAUUCCACUCCUCACACAGGCCAGGGGCCCAUGACAUUCCUGCUGUUACUUAAACCUGUCCGAGCGGCAGUGUGGACAUGCUUCCACUGGGAGGCAAGGCUGAGCCUCUCGGGCCCGGCUCCUGUGGGGCACCUCUGCGUCGUCAGGGUUUCUGGACGAGGAACUCGUGCUGAACAUGCCGCAUAACUCGAGGGGCUCCUGUCUGAGGCUCCUGGGGUGCAGACUGGAGGGGUUUCCUCUGCAGCUUCCUGGGAGGCACGAUUAGCUACCUCUGGGGAGGCGGCUGCGGGUGUACAGGCAGACAAGGAUCUUCGUGGCAGCAGAAGACUAGAACGCCUUCCGGGUCUGUGCGCAGCGGCCAGGCUCAACGCUGCUGUCCACGGCACAGACACCUCCUAGGCAGCACGGAAAGGAGGAAGCGCCAGCAGCGCACUGUUAAAUGCCUAAAGUGAGAGUGUCCCCAGGGGCCAGGAAGUCCGCUCACUGCAGCUCCCCUGGGCAGUGGAGGAUGGUCCAGGGGUUACGUGCGGCUUCUGUACUAUUUUGGUUUGUUGGUUUAAAAAAAAAAUAUAUAUAUAUA